AUGGGAUGUUGUCCAUCAAAACCAGUACAGGCGAGGAAGCAAAAUCGGCCUCCAGUUACGCAGAAUACGCAAAAGCCGGCGAAUUAUCAGCAAACUCGACGACCACCAACUCCACCACCGCCUUAUAGUCCGACGCCAUCGCCGAAAAUUCCGGCCAAAGCGAGCAGCGAGACGAACGUGGAUAUCGAGCUGACGCCAGACGUCACGCAAAAAUCUCAAUCCACUAAAGCGUCGUUGACGACAUUUACACCUCCGCAACCAGUCAUCUCUCCUGCUCAAAACUACCAGCAGCAGUGCUAUCAGCAGCGAUGCUAUCAGUACCCGCAAACUGUUAUACAAAGCCCGGUCGUCAUGCAAACCCCUAUAAUGGCCCCGCCUCCUGUUAUAAUGGCACCUUAUCCAUAUUGGUACGAUGCCAUGUACUAUGAUCCGUUCUAUUGCGGUUUUUAUGGUGGAUAUGGGUACGAUGGGUUUUAUUGGUAG